AUGCAGCCUGCGCAGCGAGCACUGCCCCCCAGUGCUAAUCAGAAACAAAGGAGGGCGACGAUUGCGUGCACUGCUUGCCGCCAGAGCAAAAUCAAGUGCUCCGGGGACGAACCCUGUGUCAAUUGCCGACGACGUUUGCUUAAGUGUCAGUUUUCCGAAGGCAAUAACAAGAUACUAGUAUCUGAACGGUAUCUUCGCGGUCUGCAAAAGCAGGCAUACAACUGGCAGCGGGCGACCGGCGUCAAACGCCCUCGAGAAGAGUGUUUCCGUUUCGAUGAAGACACUGGAACAAGCCAUCCUGUAAACGAGUCUGGAGCUGCUGAAGAGCUUCUCGGCCCCAGGCCCGAAGGGUCGCCAGUUCCACCUGCUGCCGAGCUGUCCUGCAAUAUCUGGACAAGCCCUUUCACGCUUCCCACAACGGUCUUCAAGAAUGCCGGCCAGGAACAGCGAAAGUGGAUAUGGCUCGCUCCAUUCUCGCCGUGGUCUCUCACGGCUCGACUGAUCGUGAUGUUGACCGAUAAACUCCAUCCGGACUCUGCCAACAGCCUGCCCCAAUUGUUCUUGGACGGAGAGAUAUAUCCUCUGGUCUGGGACCAGGUAAAAGCCCCAGGCCCUCCCAAUACCAGCGACCUGCCAUCCCUCGAUUACGCUCUCUAUCUCUUCCAGAUAGUCCGCUUCCGUCUCGGCCAGGCAUACAGGUUCUUCGAGGAAGACUCAUUCGUCUCCCAAAUCCAUAGAUUCUACGAUAGUCGGCUAAGUGCAGAUGCGACGGAACCUCGAUUCUGGUUUGUUCAGUUUCUUAUGGUCCUUGCACUUGGAAAUGCAUUCAUUGCGAGGCCGCGGAACCAAAAGGACCCCGCUGGGUCGAAGUACUUUGUGCGCGCCAUGUCCGCUAUGCCAACAAAUAUCUCCACCGGAAAGGAUAGUCUCCUUGCUAUAGAGGCACUGGCGUUGGUUGGACUGUAUCUGUAUGCAAUUGACCACAGAGAGGCAUCACAUGUACAUGUUGGCCAUGCAAUACGAAUCGCCCAGCUGGAAGGAAUGCAUACCCAGCUUCCGGAGGAAGUUCUCGGGGCUACAACUGUGGCCCGAUGCCGUAACCUCUGGUGGUCUCUAUAUAUCCUCGACCGUCACUUCUCUCCAUCCUUAGGCCUCCCAGUUACCCUACAAGACAGCGACAUAACGACCUUGAUAAACCCGCUGGCCUCGAAUCUGCAGAACAUGACAUUCAGCCUUCAAGUGAGAAUAACGCGGAUGUUUUCAUUUAUUAUCGGCACCAUAUACAAAACCGAAAAGACGCCACUUGCCACGUUCCUAGACAUAACUCGCGGGAUCUUAGAGACAAUGGCCAAAUACGCAGAGGAAAUCGAAAAUAUGAUCAAUGUCAAUUUCCAUGGGUCUAGAGACAAUGUACCCAAAGAGAUGCGACACACGAUUCUUCAAUACCACCAGUGCGUUAUAGCAGCUACAAGACCACUCCUUCUAUCCGUCCUCAAAGAACGCCUAGAGAAACUGGGCCGAGCAGAAGAAGACUGGCAGAAAUUCCUAGCUCUCCCCAAAUCCCUGAUUUCCACCGGCAUCAAGUCCGCCGAGAAGACACUCCAGAUAAUCGGCGAUGAAAACGGCCUGCUUGAAACAUUCCUCCCCUUCGACCUCGAAAUGACCUACGCCGCCGCUCUAUACCUAACCCUCUCCAACGCACUCUUCUUUCCCUCGAGCGCAGAUACAGACCGGGCAUACAGCCGCGCCGCCCACGAAAUCCUAGACGAGCUCGUCCUGUCCGGAAACCGGGUCGCAGGCGCGCGGAAACGCGAGCUGACCCGGAUCGAAGGGCUAUUUCAGGAAUUCGCUAGACGGGUAGAGCAGGAGGGACUCCGUCUUUUGACCCUGUCAGACCAGGGCCUUCCGGAUGCCACGCAGUUAAAUGUGGAUAUUAAUACGAAUGCGCCUGCUGAGAUGGGAUUGGUUUCUGCGGCUGCACUCCAGACUCCGUCGUCGUCGUCGAAUGCAGCCUCUACACUGUUCCACGGACAUGGACAUGCGAAUCCCAGUUCGGUAGAACCGGUGGAUUCGGCUCCGGCUCCGGCUAGUGUUGAGUUUCUGGAGAGUAUUGGAAUCUCGUCGUAUGAGUUUCUUUCGAUCGUGGAGCAGAUUGAUCAUCCUGGGAUUUCGGUUGGGGAGUUGGAUGUUAGGCCGGAUUUGCUGGGUCCUGGGGAUGGGACUGGGUCUUUUGGGUGA